AAUAUUUAUUUUGAGUUAUUUAAUUAAAUUAGAAAAUAGCAAAUAAUUAUUUAAACAAAAUGAUUAAGUCAGCUGGUUUAAGUUCUAAUCGCCCACUGUCCGGGCAACUGUAUAAAUACACGAAUGUAGUAAAAGGCUGGCAGCAGCGGUGGUUUGCAGUGGAUCCAGAGACUGGUGUUUUGUCUUAUUAUUUGUUUGAUGGACCAGGCGAUACCGUGCAGCCGGGACAACCAGCGAGAGGAGAGGCACACCUAGCUGCGGCUGUGAUAUGUCCCAGCGAUGAAGACUCCCGCACAUUCACAAUUAACUGUGCCUCCGGAGACAUGCUGAAGCUCAGGGCCACAGAUGCCCGAGCACGCCAGGAGUGGGUCAACGGUCUGAGAGCUAUUGCUGAAAUUCACACUAAGGCUAUGGGAGCCAACCCGCCCCUACAGCCGCGCGAACAGCUGGCAGUGCACGACGCCAUGGCAUCCGCGAGGCAACAGCUACAAGCCACAGAGCUCAGUGAUGCUGCUCUCGCGAGAUGCAUUGAGUCAUCGGAUUCGCCAUUCCCGCACACCGAUCCAGAUUUAUUGCUUUUAAAAGCGACGUCGGCGGCUAGUAUGCAGUGUCUACUUCAAUGCCUCGGUCUGCUAAUGCGCCAACAGCAAUGCGCCGCACUGGGGGGAAAGCCAGCUCGGGACCAUUAGUCAUCCGUGGCUUCAGGGCACUAGCCAUUUUGAGCCUUUUUCCAAGCUACUACUUCAAGUAUCAAGGACCAUGGAACAAUGACCUCUAUUAUUACCAUAGACAAGCUGCUGGGACAAUGUUUUUGUGUUUAAUUAGGUCUUCAAUCAUAGAUCUGUCAGGUUGACUGUAUUUAUAGGCUUCUUGAAUCUGGGUUCGAGCCAUUUUGAGCCUUUAGCCAAGCCACUUAUACAAAGACCUCUAAUAAAUAUUACCUUAGACAAGCUGCUGUCACAAUGUUUUUGCCUUCAAUCUUUGACGAGUCUCGUUGUUUUUUUAGGCUUAAUGGCUCAUUGUUCGAGCCAUUUUGAGCCUUUAGCCAAGCCACUUCUUUAACGACCAUGGAACCUCUAUUAUUACCAUAGACAAGCUGCUGUGAUAAUGUGUUUGUGUUUAAUUAGGUCUUCAAUCAUAGAUCUGUCAGGUUGACUGUGUUUAUAGGCUUCUUGACUCUGGGUUCGAGCCAUUUUGAGCCUUUAGUCAAGCCACUUUUACAACUACCCAUAUUAUCACCACAGGAAAGCUGUUGUCACAAUAUUAUUGUCAUCAAUUAGGUCUUCAAUCAUUGAACAGUCUCCAGUUGAUUGUUUUUGAGCCUUCAAAGCCACUUCUACAAAGAACAUGGACUAAUGAGCUCUAUUAUCACCAUAGACAGGCUGCUGUCAAUUUGUUUUUCUCUUUUUUUAUAUUCAUGUUCAACUAGGAAUGAAGAUUUUAACCCAGGACGGGUUCGAAUACCGGGUCACGCAUAAAUUUGUUAGGUAUUGUUAAUCCGUUUAUUAAAAAAAGUCCCGUGUUUGGAAAAUUGUGGUUUUAAUCUCCGUGCUUCAGAGAGCACGUUAAGCCACCGGUCCAGGUGACUAACUAGUGACAAUAAGUAAUUAAAGUCCACAAACCCGCAUCAGAGCAGCGUAACGGGUCUACGCUCUAAAACUGUCCAAAGGAGGCCUGUUCACUGCAGGGGACGUUUAUAGGAAGCAGAUGAUGUCUAUUUUUCGUUAAAGAACUUUCAAUUCAAGCCCUGAGUUAAGAAAUUGACGGUGUCAACACUCGUGCCUCGUAGAGCACCUUAAGCCAUCGCGUCGGUCCCGGUUAAUAUCACUUGUGAUACUAAGAAAAGCAGUCAAUAAUACCACCAAGGCAUGAGGGUACAAUAAUUCACAUUGACGACCUCUUGUGCACAUUGUCUUACAAGAUCCCAGGUUCUAUUGCGGACGAAGGAAAUUCACAAAUUUAUAAUUUGAGAAUUAUCUCUGGUGGUAAGCCACGACCUUCGUGUAGAAACCGAUAAGGGGGUUAGUACAACUGCCAUACUUCUAAAACAGCUUAGUGCGAUACAUAUUUAGAGUUACUGCUUCAUGACUUCAAGAGCUAAUUUGAAUUGGAAUAAAAUUCUUUAAAAAAUUGUGUAAAACCAGAAUUGGCACGUAAUCCAGCUGGUAAGACAGAAAGCAUGACCCCGGAAUCAGCUGGGUUUCUUACCAAGGUUAGAUUAUAUAGCAAGAAAAUUGCAUAAAACUGCAAAAAUUGCUAUAUAUAAAUUUUAGCGUAGCCAGUGCUUACGUGCAUGUAUGAAGUGCAUGCCCGGAAUAGAUAAAAAGAAAUGUCAUAUAGAGGUACUCAGAGCAUGUCUCGCUCCAUCGCCCACCCUACAGGGGCCUUAGACAUAUGUUUCUAAAUAAACCUACAAAAACUAAGCCACAACGUUUCUGAGCCUACGCAAUCUUAGUAUUAAUUAAUUCUCUGAUGUAAAUAUCUGAAGUCAAAUUUAAUUAUUAUCGAAAAUUAUGAGUAUUUAAGGAUUAAUUGUUUAUGUAGUAAACUUUUUUGCAAUGUAACAUAUAUAAAUAUUUGGGUAGGCAGUGCUUUUGAGCAUGUAUGAAGUCCACGCCACUGCCCAGAAUAGAUAAAAAGAUAUGUCAUAUAGAGGUACUCAGAGCAUAUCUCGCUCCAUCGCUCACCCUACAGGGGUCUUAGACAUAUGUUUCUAAAUAAACCUACAAAAACUAAGCCACAAUGUUUCUGAGCCUACGCAAUCUUAGUAAUAAUUAAUUCUCUGAUGUAAAUAUCUGAAGUAAAAUGUAAUUAUUAUCGAAAAUUAUGAGUAUAUAAGGAUUAAUUGUUUAUGUAGUAAACUUUUUUGCAAUGUAACAUAUAUAAAUAUUUGGGUAAGCAGUGCUUUUGUGCAUGUAUGAAGUGCACGCCACUGCCCAGAAUAGAUAAAAAGAUAUGUCAUAUAGAUACUCAGAGCAUAUCUCGCUCCAUCGCCCACCCUACAGGGGCCUUAGACAUAUGUUUCUAAAUAAACCUACAAAAACUAAGCCACAACGUUUCUGAGCCUACGCAAUCUUAGUAUUAAUUAAUUCUCUGAUGUAAAUAUCUGAAGUCAAAUGUAACUAUUAUCGAAAAUUAUGAGUAUUUAAGAAUGAAUUGUUUAUGUCGUAAACUUUUUUGCAAUGUAUCUUUAGCAUAAUGCGAUAGGUAAGACAACCUAAAAUUAUUUUUAUUGUUAAAAUAUAGAUAUGAUUAUAAAUUAUAAUAAAC